GUUUUAGGAUAUUUGGUUAAUUCACGAAAUAUCACCGCGCACUAAAUAAUGGAAAUUGAUGAACAUGACGAAUCGGAGCAGCAACAGCAGCAAGAUUACGGUGAAGUCUCCGAACAUACUGCAGUUUCUUCAUCCUCGUAUGAUGAUAUAAAAAUGACCACAAACGAGGAUGAACAAGAACAACAAACACAGGAGCACGAACAUUAUGAAGGAAUGGAACAUGAACAUCAUGAGGGAGUAAUGGGUGAUAGCAGUCUGAAUGGUAUGAUGAGAGAGGAAAUGGACCAUCAGGAUGACGAGAAGCAUUGUCGGCAACACCAGGAGCAUGAAGGACAUCACUUUAAGAAUGGGAUGGAUGAACACCACGAUGCUGGUGGUGAAGAAGGUGGCGAGUAUGACAGUGCUCAUCGAGGUGGACAAGAACAUGAUGAUUUUGAUAAUUAUCAACCUUAUUCGGAACGAGGGCCAGAUCGUGAACAUGGCGAUUAUCGGGGUGAAGAAUUCCAUGGCGAUGAUUAUCGUGGGGAAGAAUACCGUAGUGGUAGCGAUGAUUUUCGAGGUGGAUUUCGUGGACGUGGUGGCUAUCGUGGUGGAGGUGGUGGUAUGUCACCUUAUGGUUAUGGGCCGCAAAGUAUGGGUGGUGGUGGUUGGCGUCCGCGGGGUCCAGGCAAUUGGAGGGGUGGGCGAGGUAUGUAUGGUGGCGGUCCACGAGGAGGUCCUUAUGGAAAUGGUGAUAUGGAUGAUGGAUAUGGUUACGAUCGUUCAAGGGGUGUCCGUGGUGGUUUCCAGCGCAUGCGUGGCGCUUACGGAAUGCGUGGCCCACGACCUGGUUAUAUGGGCGAUGGACGUGGUAUGCGAGGUCCACCAUUCCAACCACGUCCUCCGUUUUAUCCACCAUAUCCGGGAAUGCCUCCAAUGGGAAUGCCGCCGAUGGCUCAUCAAAUGCCUGUCCAGCAAACGCCUCAACAGCAAGCAGAAAGGUUGAAAAAGCUUGCGGGCGUUUCACCAGAUCAGGAGUUGUGGGUAGAAACAAAGUCACCGGAUGGAAAGCCCUACUACUAUAACGCUGUAACACGUGACACGGUAUGGGAGAAACCAGAAAAUGCCAAAGUAAUGGAGCAAAGUGAACUACAAGCUUUGGUUGAAAAAGAUGCGAAAGAGGAAAAAGAACAAGCUGCUUCUCAAAGUGCUGCUGGUGGAUAUGGAUCUGGUGUACCACCACAAAUGGCCGCUGGUAUGCCGAUGGGUGGAUAUCCACCAAUGAUGCCACCACCAGGCUUUCCUAUGAUGCCACCUAUGAUGUUUCCCCCACGUGGUCCAAGUUACCCACCUAUGUUCCCUGGUGUUCCUCCAGCUUAUCCGAUGCCUGUUCCUGGAAUGCCGCCCGUUGUGCCGGCAGCUAUUGGUCCUGGUACUGAUGGUGUUCCAGUGUCACCAGAGGCUGCGCUUUGGCAAGAAUAUACAGCACCUGAUGGACGUAAAUACUACUACAACACUCAAACCCAAGAAACGACGUGGGAUAAACCAAAAGUGCUUGAAGCUUCUACUGCUGCCGGUGGCACUGGUGAUUCUACUGAGAAUAAUACUAAUACACCAACUUUCACGGAAGCUCAACAGCAAGCUGCAGCUUUAGCACAACAGCAGGUGCAAGCUCAAUUAGCGGCAGCUAAAGCAGCUGCAGAAGAAGCGAAAAAACAUGAAGAGGAAUCGGCAAAGGAGUCAGAAACUGUUGAAGCGAAGCAAGUGGAUAAGUCGAGACCCGUUAGCAGUAAUCCUGUGGCUGGCACUCCUUGGUGUGUGGUAUGGACAGGCGACCGUAAAGUUUUCUUUUAUAAUCCGUCAACACGUACAUCAGUCUGGGAAAGACCACCAGAGUUGUACAAUCGGCCAGAUGUCGAUUUAUUAGUAUCGAAGCCACCGGAAGAGAAAAAGUCGGAAAUUGUCAAAAAAGCCGAUGAUGAAGGGAAGACGGUGAGUUCGGAGGAGAGCGAUGAUGACGAAGAAAAUGCGCCACCAGCAGCUAAAAAGAGUCGAAAAGAAAAGAAGCUAGAGAAACAGCGGCUAGAACAAUUGGCAGCGAAAAAAGAGAAGGAUAGGCCAAGGCAGAUGCUUGAGAAACAAGUUGAUCCAGCAAUUCAAGCAGAAUUACAAGCACAAAAAGAGAGAGAAGAGGUACCGUUCGAGCGUAGGCUGCAGGAAUUUAAAGAAAUGUUAACAGAGAAAAAUGUUAGUGCUGGAAGCACCUGGGAGAAGGAAUUAUCUAAAAUUGUAUUCGAUAAGCGUUAUCUACUUCUGAAUGCUGUGGAGCGGAAAGCUGCUUUCGAAGCAUAUGUUCGUGAACGAACUGAGAUUGAACGAGCUGAGAAAAAAAGACGUGCUAAGGAAGCACGAGAAAAUUUUAAGAAUUUGCUCGAAGAGGCCAAAUUACAUGGAAGGUCGUCGUUUUCAUCGUUUGCUUCGAAGUGGGGCAAAGAUAGUCGAUUCAAAGGUGUUGAAAAAAUGCGCGAUAAGGAGGAUAUUUUUAACGAAUAUGUUCAAGAGCUAGAGAAGAAGGAAAAAGAAGAACGCAAAGAGAGGAAGGAAAAGAUUCGUAAGGAUUUUGUUGCAAUGCUUAUGGAGAAGAAUAUUACUUCUCGGACGAAGUGGUCCUCAUUGAAAAAGCAGUUGGAAGAUGAUGAACGUUAUAAAGCUGUUGAUCGAUCAUCAAGUCGUGAAAGUCUUUUCCGUGAAUAUCAGGAUACACUGCCAGAAGAAUCUAAUUCAGAUAUCGAAGAGGAGAAUGACCGUCAAAAGCGCGUUGCUGCCGAAGCUGCCAUUGAGGAACGUAAGAAGGAGGUGGAAGCUGAGCUAGGUGAACAACUGAAAGAAAGAAGUAAAGAACAUGAAAAGCAUAAAUAUCAGGAACAUGAAGAAUCUUUCAAAGCAUUGUUGAUUGAUUUGAUAAAAUCAGCUGAUUAUACAUGGCAUGAAGCCCGUCGAAUUUUACGGAAAGACUCACGUUAUGAAAAUUGCGACCUUUUGGAAAAAGAUGCUAAAGAAAGGUUGUUCGAUGCACAUGUUCAACAUUUGGAGAGAAAAAGACGAGAAGUUUUUUUCCAGUUGUUAAAUGAAACAAAAGAUAUUACACCUAGUAUGAAGUGGCGCGAAGCUAAAAAAAUUAUUGAGAAAGAUGAACGAUUCGCAAAAUUCAACAUUAGUGAAAGGAAAACAGAACGUGAUUACAAAGAAUGGAUGGAGGAACGGAAAGAAGCAGUAAUGAAAGAUUUCAAAGAUUUAUUAAAAGAGACUAAAAUUAUUACCUACAAAUCUUUAAAAAUGAUACAAGAAAACGAACAGCAUCUUCGUGACAUACUUGCGGUACUCGAGAAUGAUAAGCGAUAUAUCGUAUUGAAUAAUGCCCCGGUAGAGCGAGAGCGAUUACUGGAACAGUAUCUGGAAGAGUUGGACAAGAAAGGUCCACCACCACCACCCACGCAGCAGGAAGCUGACAGACGUCGAAAAUAAUUCCAGUUUUUCCCUUCUUAGUUGGUAAAAUUUUUAUUAAAUAUUGACAUUGUUCGAACUCGUGAGGGUUUAUCAUUUUAUCAGACGUUCGUUUUUCUAUAAAAUUCAGAGCGGUAAUUUGUUUUGACCUCAGUUUUUUGCUGCUUUUUACUUGCAUUGUAAUGAUUGAAACAUUGAUUCAGAAUGGCGCUCUUCGAUUCCAUUCCGAAUCUGAAAGUUUGAGUUACUGCACAUUUUUUCAAGUUUUGCUGUUAACCAGUUCUAAUCGUUGAUUUGUUAAAGCAUGCUAAAACAGAUUCUGAAAUGGAACGGUUUUUACUUUUUGUAAGACGUCAUCUUACUAACAAUACCAGAACUCUACUGGGGUAGAUAAGAUAUCUGUUGAAUCAUGUGGGGUAGAUAAGAUCAUCUGUUGAAGACAUGGAGAUAAUCGAGUUUUGAUUGUUCUUAAUUUUCUUUCUGUCAAGAGUUUUUCAGCUAGUGGAAGUUAGGGAAGUAGUGUUCCACAUUAGUUUAUUUUCCAAAUGUUACCUGGAAGCUGCUUACUUUUUUGCAUUUUACAUCCCUUAAUUUUUUUCCCGAUCACUAGCACUCUCCAGCAAAUUAGCCAACAAUUUUACGGCUCUUAGGUUACUAUUUACUUUAUUGUCUGCUGCGGAUAUCUGUUCAGAAGUU